GCAUUUAAGUUUGCAAAAUUUUGUUUUCGCGAUGUUGUGCCAGUUGUCGUUAUGUGCGCUUGACUCGUUCACUUGUAAACGUUAUUUCGUUAUAAACAUUCCACACACAGGAGCAUAUAGGUGUAAUUUAGGUCAUGUUAAACGAAGGAUGAAUUUAUAAAACUAUAUAAUUACUUCCGGGUGGGAAUAUUAUUUACUUCGCGUUAUAGAAUACUGUUGCAAGUUUAAGUAGAUAAAAUACUAUGAUUAUUAAUUUGUCAUUGUGUUAAACAAAUAUUGUGUUAAACAACUAGUGUUAGACACAUUAUAGAACCAUCAAUCUUUAAUUGAAAAUGUGCAUUAACGGUUAUGAGAUCAAACACAACAGUGAAUGGAAGUGAAACGUAUGGCCAUGUAUACCGAUAGAAGAAAUGUUACACCGUGUCAGACACAUCAUGGGAUUACAUUUACUUUUAAGAUGAAACAUGUGUUUUACGCCUAUCUAUUAGGAUUUGCUGUAGGUUAUCAUGUUGCCUUUGGCCAGGUUACACUGACUCCCAAUACCACCAUGCAGGCUGAGUACUCUUCACUGCAGCUCAGAUGCACUCUACAGCCUCAUAUGGAGGAUGUUGCCGUCUGGAGAAGGAGAAGCUUUGGUGCAGCAACAGAGAUAAACAUACUGUUUAUAGCGAUAAGGGGCGCUGACCAGUGCGACUAUGACCCACCUACUCCACCCAGUUUCAUGUCCUGCAGCUGCAGAUCCAGGGAGUAUACAUGCAUCAUCAAAGGCCUGACUCGUGAUCAGGAUGGAGAUCAAUGGAGAUGUAGGAGUACAAACCCAGAUGGACAGCAAGUGUUUAGCACUAAUGUGACUCUCCACAUAUUAAUUCAAAUAUCGAGUGUGACAAUUUCACCGUCAUCUGAUACUGUGCGGGUUGUUGAAAACUCUGACCAGACAUUCACUUGUAAAACUUCCUGGGGGAAACCUGCUGCAACUGUAACAUGGUACAAAUCAUCUGAGAUCAUGGGAUCAUCUGAGGUUGCUAUCACGACAGGUAUAGUGUCUUCACAAAGUAUCCAUCAAGAUAGGACAAUCCAGGUGACCAGUACACUGACAUACACAGCUAGUAGGACUGACAAUGGUUACAGAGUGUUCUGCGAUGCAACAAAUGGUGGCGUUGCCGUGCAGUCAACUACCAGGCCUCAGUUGGACAUAUUAUAUCUACCUAGCGAUGGUCCAGUUAUACAAGCUUUGCCUGGUGCUGGUGUGUACAAGAUGAUACGUGGCUCUUCAACCCAGCAACGACUGACCUGCUCUGUUACUGGUGGUUAUCCACUGCCCACUCUGUCCUGGAACUGCUAUGAUGGUACACACAAUGGUUCUACGCAAGGUGACAUUGUCUCACUGACUGUGUACUGGACUGCCGACAUGAAUGUAGACUCUACCUGUACCUGUACUGCAUUUCAAUCUGGAUCAACAUGGACGAGGAAUAAGUCUGUUUCGGUCACAGUACUAUACUCACCAUCUCGUCCAAGCUGUAGUGUUGGUUCUGCCACAGUCACCAACGGCACUGUCAGAGUUAUAAGAGGCAAGAAAUUUGAUAUCUCAUGCAGCGCAAUUGCUAACCCUUCACCAACCUACAUAUGGACGACCCCACCUGAUGGAAACACAGUUAACAAUCCAGAGCUGUCUGUACCCAACAUACAAACUGGAGGCACAUACAGUCUGUCAGUGCGUAACAUAAUGGAGCCAACAACGGGAGAGAUUGAGUAUGGUUUUGCAAAUUCAACAUUCAACAUUGAUAUACUUGAAUCUCCAUCUGUACCUAUAUUCUACUAUGGAACCUCAUCUUCUGGUACUGUGAUACCUAACAACCACCUAGAUGUUAUCAUAGGGACACAAUUCUCUGUGACCUGUGUCGCUACUGGCAACCCUUCACCCACCUAUACAUGGAGUGGAAUCAGUCAGACUUGGUCGACCACAGCUCAGACCAACCUUACCAAGACAUGCAGUGUGGUCAAUACAUUAAACCAAACUGGAUACAAUAUAGAACCCGGGACUCGCCAGGAAAACCAACUAAACUUGACAGUAAUGUUUCCUCCUGGAGUUAUUGAGUGCACAGUCGGCUCGUCCAGAUUUACAUCUGGACUAGUGAAUGUCUUACGAAAUAAAGCAUUUAAUAUACGAUGUGACAGCACCAGUUUCCCUGCCCCAUACAAUUACACAUGGACUUUACCAAAUGGUGGAAUUCGAAUGGGACCAGAGCUCAGGGUUAAUAGCAUACAAGCUGUACUAACAAGCCAGUAUCGAGUUACUGUCAACAACAUCAUGGUCCCCAGUGUAGGCCAGGCAACAACGGGCACAAAUUCAACCAUUCUAGAUAUUCAACUUUUGUAUCCACCAGGAAUCCAGUCUGGUAUCCGUAUACAAGGAGACAGCACUACAUCCCGUGUCAAUGACAGCUACAUAUCAACAGUGGAGAAUAGCACAUUUACCUUGUCAUUUGAUGUCAUGCCUGGAUAUCCUGCAGCCACAAUAUAUACUUGGGUCAGACGUAGUGGAGGCAUUUCCACUAAUAAUCAAGCAAUAACGUUCACCAGAAUUACGCGGGCAAAAGCAGACUAUUACAACUUUACAGCCCUCAAUCAUAUGAAACCUACUGGAUUUGCUUUAGAAAAUGGCACAACAUCAAUUGAUGUCUAUAUUAAUGUUAAAUACAGGAGUGCCAUCACUGCAUUCUAUGCAAAUCCUGCCCAAGGGAAUAUAACCGUUGAAGUAUCAGAAGGGACUCCACUUAAACUCACUUGUGUGACAGACAGUAAUCCAUGGCCUGACAUAGCGCUGACAAGAAAUGGAGUAGUUGUACAAGAGAAUGCCUCAGUCAGACAGAUAGAGUAUAAUAAACCAAGCAGCUCCUGUGAGAAUGACGUGGGAGAAUACACAUGUUUGUCACAGAAUGAACUGAAUCCAUCGGCAGACAAGAGGACUCUGCGUUACUAUGUGCUAUGUACACCAAGGCUGUCCCCAUUUAUACAGCACAGUGCAAAUGUAACAGGUAGUCUCCACUCCUCAGCUGACAUUUCCGUUACGAUGAUUGCAUAUCCAGCUCCAACCUAUACCUGGCAGAAACUGAAUGAUUCAGGCUGGAAAGAAAUAGAAACCUCUUCACGGGUAUCAAUUGUAACGUCUGUGGAUCGAUUGCAGUCAAAUGUGAGCAUUUCUGACAUACAGGAGGCGGAUUUUGGAAGCUAUCGUGUGAUUGCUAAAAAUUCACAAGGAGAGAUUCCCAUAGUUUUGUAUUUCCAAGUGUCAUCCGAACCUGAGCCUGUUAGGAAUCUGCAGUUCAUUGAGGGUUCUUUGACAGAAAACAGCGCUGUGAUUAUGUGGUCACCAGGGUUUGACGGAGGAAAUCCACAGACCUUUCUUGUAUUAUUCAAGAGAAGAGCUGACAAUGAAUGGUCUGCACCAAUGGAGACAACAGUCGCCAAUAUAACACUGACAGGUUUGCAACCAGGAACGGAUUAUCAGGUCAAAGUGCUUGCUGAGAACAGUAUUGGAAGUUCGGAACAUUCAGAGCCAAUUUCAUUUACAACGUUAAUAAUAGAGAAACCCAAUAAUGCUGCACUAAUCGGUGGUGCUAUUGGUGGAGUAAUCGGAGCAGCAUUAAUUCUUGUUGUGGUUGUACUGGGUGUGAGGAAAUGUAGACAAGUAAAAGAUUCAGCCAACAAGUCUGUAUGCGAAACAACGCACACAAAUACGGUUUAUAACAGGGAUUACGACGAGCUUUCACAAUCGCAUGCGAUUCGUCUGGCAGAUACAAAUACCAGCGUUUAUGACCCAGCCACGAAGACCUAUGAACUUCUAGAUGCCAGCCAGAGCGAUAAGAACACGUAUGCAUCAUUAGCCAAACACCAACCUUCGAAGAGUGCAGGCUUGUAUGAGAAUACUCAUACAGAUGCAGGUACUGCGGAGUAUAUGAAUUUAAGGAUUGCAUAAAUCAAGAUUCUCCUUUGUGGAAAACGGACAGUACUCGACGAACAUAUCUCAAUCGCUUUAAAGGUGAAUAUGCUGAAAACAAAACUGUUAAUGCUUGAAAACAUAAACUUACCAAAUAAUGUUAUCUGAUAAAAGUGUUAGCUUAACGAUCCUGAUAAAGUCAUAUAAAUUACAACAGUUUUGAUAGAAAAAUGCUGACAAUUGAAGGUUCCCAUAUUAUCUGUCACAUUCAUGAAUCUAUAAGAGAUUUUACUACUUUUUGGGCAUCUGUUUUUAUCUAUAUAUAGGGGUAUAUAGUUAAUAGAUCAUCUGAUCACGAAGAUCUUAAGGUGACCUAUUGUGAUCGUUCCGCAUUCCGGUCACCGUCGUGUAGCACGUGUUUUUAACUGUACGCUUUUUACCUCUCUAUAGAGACCAUUUGAUUUCUUCAAUCUUGAUGAAACUCAGUCAUAAAGAUUUUUCUGCACAAUGUCUCGACCAAGUUCGAGUCUAAGUCGUGUGUGUCCGUAAACUAAGUUAAAGUCUUGUUACCACACUAUAGGCAACAUUUAUGAAUAAAACGUGGUAACAAUGUUUAUCUGGACAAUAUGCCAGGUUCCAAUCUGGAACACAUGUAAAUAAUCUAGGUAUUCAAGUAAGAUCUAUGUUUUGUCACUACGGAAGCCACAUUCACGACUCGAUUUUGAUUAAACUUCGUUAGGAUAUACAUUGUAUCCUUACAAUAUCUGUACCAAGUUUUAAUCUUGAUUUUUGGAAAUCAAAAACUAGGUCACAAGGUCAUAUAUUAGAAACGAAGCGCUGCCUAUGUAGAUCACUUUUUGCAUCAAAACUGAUGAAAUUUAGUUCAAAUGAUAAUCAUGCCAAUAUCUCAGCAAGUGUAGAGUCUUGGUCAGUUGGAGUCCUCGCGUCAAAUAUUUAUCAACAGGUUCAUUGUGAAUUCAGGUGAUUAAUAUAGUACUUUCAUGAUCCUCUUGUAAAAAUCAAAUGCCUUAUACAUACAAGAUUUACACUGCUAAGUGACCCCGGUUUUAUUGUUUAGUUAUAAAUAUAUAUGAGGGAUUUCAAUUGCAGCAGAAUCCUGCUUGUUGAUGCGAGAAGUUUGCAAUGUUGUCACUUUUGACUCCUCCAUCAUUUUGAUGUAAAUGUUACCCUGUAACGAACAUGAAAUGCAUUUUUUAUUACACAAAAUGAUGUUUUAGUAUGGAAAUAUAAUGUUAUUCAGUUGAACAAAUAUUAAAAAACAAACUUACGAGAUUUCAAUAUUUUGAUCCCUGAAUCUUCAUUUGACCCCUGAAAAUUUCAAGCACAGGGGUCAUUUGAAGUCUGGUUUUCAAAAACUAUUGAAAUCUCUGAUUAUAGUGUCAAAUAGUACAAAGUUAAAUCGCAUUUUAUAAGUGUUUUACGCCCUUUUGGGACACUAGUUUGGUGAUACAUGGUUUUGGAAGGGACUUAAACUUGUAACAUGGUUUUCAAAAUUGACAUUAUGUUUAUUUCACUUGAUGUUUUCUUUUAGGCUAUGUAUUACAACGUCUAUUUAGAUAAACUCAAUAUUGUUGUUUAAAACAUUUAACAAAUUUAACAAUGCAUGCUAAGAUAAAUCGUAUUACAAUAUUAUUGCUCAUAAAUUAUAAUUAUCUAGUUGCAAUAUUACAACUCCGAAGUUUUAUCACACUUCGGGUCUCACUGAUGUUAAACUAUGUUGAUAGUAUUUAGGAAAGACUAAAUCUCCACACGAGACUUAAAAGGUCUACGGCAAAUUUUUGUUAAUAGUUUUAGUUCAUAUAAAUAACGAUUGUUUAUCUCAGGAAUUGCAUGCUUAUAUGAAUAUAGCUGAAUAACUGUUACAUGAAUUAAAUAUGUGAUUUAGUUGUUAAAGUGACCUUUUCACGUUUUGGUAAAUUGACAAAAUUUAAAAACAAAUGUUUCAGAUUCAAAAGUUGUCGUGGUAGUUAUGAUAUUUGUGAGAAAACAGUAAUAAUGAACAUUUAGCGCAUGCUGUAAAAUAUCCAUUGUAUGCAUCUGUUGACGAUUUAAAAACCUGAAAAUUAUUAAGCAUUGAAACGCGAAACGAUUGAAUAAUUUGGAGAGUUCUGUUGUUGUCGAUAUAUUUUGUGACAGCCCAGUUAAGGGUUACUUUUUUUUUCUUAAAUUUUAUGCUUGUUAUGUUACUGGAGCUUUUUAGAUCCAAUGUUCACACUUAUCAACAUAAAGUAUUUAAUAACACACUUCAAUAUCUGCCAAAAUCUGUGAAAAGGUCCCUUUAAUGUAACAUGGUGAUCGUACCAUAAAUACAUGUAUUACACAAUAGUAUGAAGUUUAGAAUCGACAUGCUUUAUUUGUGUGUUAUUUUGAUGUUAUAUAUAGAUUAUUGGCACAUGAGUUAUUAAUAAUACUGAAUAAACUUGUUUGCCUUUUUGUAAAACUUGUAACCAUUAUAUGUAUAAUUUUAUUAUGCUUUCUAAUAUA